AUGGCAUCAAGUUCUAAGAAGAAUGGUGGGUCACUUGUUUUUGAGGAUUUCUUCCCUUCAAUGAUGGAGAAGCUAGGAAGUGAAGGGUUUAUGAAAGAGUUGGCAAAUGGUUUCAAUGUGUUAAUGGAUAGAGAGAAGAAAGUGAUAACAUUUGAAAGCUUGAAGAAGAACUCGGCAUUGCUCGGGUUAGAAGGUAUGAGUGAUGAUGAGAUUACUUGCAUGUUAAGGGAAGGUGAUAUGGAUGGAGAUGGAGCUCUAAGUGAAAUGGAGUUUUGCACUCUCAUGUUUAGGUUGAGUCCUUCUUUGAUGAAUGACACUAAGCAACUUUUGGGAGAAGUUAUUUUCAAUGGAAAUUAA